AUGAUGAAAGACUGCAUUGAGUAUUCCAAGGGAUAUGAGGCUUGUCAAAGGCAUGGUCCAAUCCAGCAGGCUCCUUCAGUUCCCAUGAGUCUAGUGGUUAAGCCAUGGCCAUUCAGAGGAUGGGCAAAGGAUCUCAUUGAGUCAAUCACAACUGACAGGGGAUCUUCUUUCAUAUCUGGAGAAAUGCUAGAUAUUGCAGAAGCAUUCAAGUUCAAACUACUUCACUCUACCCCUUAUUAUGCUCAAGCUAAUGGAUAUGCAGAAUCAAGUAACAAAGUGAUCAUCAACAUUAUCAGGAAAAUGCUUGAGAAAAAUUCAAAGCAGUGUCAUGAGAAAUUAUCAGAAACUCUCUGGGCAUAUAGAACUUCAAAGAGAGAGGUGACUAGCAUGACCCCAUAUGCUCUAACUUAUGGUCAUGAUGCAAUUCUGCCUAUGAAAAUAGCAGUGCAAUCUCUUAGAAUUGCUCAGCAACACAAUUUGAUUGGAGAAGACUACUCUCAAGCAAUGCUGCUAGAACUAGAAGGUUUGGAUGCCAGUAGAAUUGAUACCCUCAACAAACUCUUAGCAGGAAAAAAGGCUGUAUCAAGGGCCUACAAUAAAAGAGUUAAAAACAAAAGUUUUGAAGAAGGAGAAAUAAUCUGGAAAGUAGUUCUGCCCCUCAGAACACACAUAGCUGGUUAUGGAAAGUGGUCACCUACAUCGGAAGGUCCUUUCAUAAUCCAGCGAGUCCUUAGACUGGGAUAA